AUGCGCUUCGUACUCUCAAGCAUCAUCGUCUGCCUCGCAGCAAUCGCCCUCUAUUAUCACCAGCUCGAAUCCAACGCCCAGCUGACGGCCACCGCCACCAUUAAGUCCACGACGAACGCCUUUUUCCAGCGCAUCAAGCUCCUGGCUAAGCAGCGCACAACAAGCAACAUGUCCACCUCGACUGCCUUUCCAGGCCUGCCCGUCGUGCCGCCCUCUGACCCGGCCCUCACCAAAAACCAAACCAACAUGCAGCCGCGCAAGAUUGCCAACUUCUUUCUCGCUCGCGAGCAAGCCGAAGGCGCCGGCGCCCGCGUACGCCGCAGCAUCGGCACGCCCAAGCUCCGCAACUUCUCGCCCUUCCUGAUGCUUGACCACUUUAGCAUCGCCCCUGGCGCUGGUUUUCCUGACCACCCCCACAGAGGCCAGGAGACCAUUACCUACCUGCUGCAAGGCGGCGUCGACCACGAAGACUUCGCAGGAAACCGGGGAACCAUCCAUAGCGGCGACCUGCAGUUCAUGACGGCCGGCCGCGGUAUCAUGCACGCCGAGAUGCCCGUCGCGAACCCAGACGGCUCGCCCAACGUCGGCCUGCAGCUGUGGGUCGACCUGCCCGCCAAGCUCAAGGCCUGCGAGCCACGCUACCGCGACUUGCGCGCCGCCGAGAUCCCUACCGUCGACGUCGAUGACGCCAAGGUCCACGUCAAGGUCAUCUCCGGCCAGAGCCACGGCGUCGACAGCGUCAAGGAGCUCGCCUACACGCCCGUCUGGCUUCUCGAUGUGACCAUCAAGCCCGGCGGCCGCCUCAUCCAGGCCCUUCCCCAGGGCUUCAACGCUUUCGCCUACACCUUGUCCGGCACCGCCCGCUUCCUGAACGGCGCCGUCGACUCUGCUGAGCAACUGUCCGACGACAUCAUCGAGAAGGAGUCGGCGCCCGUCGGCCAGUACCACAACGUCGUCUUCGAGCAGCAGGGCGACGGCAUCGUCGUGUCCGUCGCCGCCGACGCCCCCGAGGAGGCUCGUUUCAUCCUCGUUGCCGGCCUGCCUCUGGACCAAAAGGUCGUGCAGUACGGCCCCUUUGUCGUCAACAGCCAGGAAGAGGUUUACCAGGCUAUGAUGGACUACAGCACGCACACCAACGGAUUUGAGAGGGCAAAGGAUUGGCAGAGUGAAAUCGGAAAGAGUAUGAUGUAA